AUGGCAUCAAGGAAGGACAUGCGGAGAGAAGAUCUCAUCAUUCCUUACAAAGAACCCUCAGCAGAAAAACCCGAUGAUAUCGCCAAUACAAUGGCCACCACCCUGCCAAUGGUUGCAAUGUUCACAAGAAACAAGAUGAUUGGCUGGGCUUCGUUUGUCUUUGCGGUACAAACGUGGCUAGCUCAAACGCCUGAGCAGGCAAAGAAGUCUGGCACCCCUGGCUACAUGGGCGCCGGAAUGGCUUUACUCGCUGUAGGAACAACAUAUCUACAACUUUUCAUGCCGCCCCCAGCUGAGUCACCGAGAGCAUACGAGUUUAUGUCCAUCGAAAAUCUCAAGACCUUCGACCCCUUCGCCGAAGCCGACGAAGAUACCGGGGAAACUAAGCAGUCUCAAAACUACAUCCAUAUUAGGAUUCAGCAGCGCAAUGGUCGCAAGACCUUGACUACUGUCCAAGGUCUGCCCAAGAAAUUCGAUCAGAAGAAGAUCCUCAAGGUCAUCAAGAAGAAAUUCGCUUGCAAUGGCACAAUCGUCAAUGACACUGAGAUGGGCGAGGUGAUCCAGCUUCAGGGUGAUCAGCGCAAAGAUGUCCAAGAAUUCCUGGUCGAUAAAAAGGAAGGGCUGGAACUUGAUGCCAAAACUAUCAAGGUCCAUGGGUUCUAG